UAAAAAAUACCAAAACCAAACUCACAAUUUGUCCAAACAAGUUUUCUAUUUUUCAUUUGUUUUCUUUUUAAGCUUUAAAACAUAUAUUAAUAAAUGAAUUUGUAUCGGCGCGUACACAACACUUUUUUGACUGGAGAACAUCCCUGUCGUACAUUCUUAAAAGUAUUCUUGGAGUCUUGAGUGUAUGUAAUGAUGGGGGUCCAAGAAGAAGCCACCAAUGCCACCCUUUAAAUACACGUUAUUACUUUCACUUAAGCCUUGUCUCCGCCUGGAUAUCAAAAUCACUUACUUUCUUACACAAAACCCUAAACCCUCCAAAAAAAGAAAAACAAAUACACCUGACGCUCAUACAAAAAGAAAAAAACAACACUUCAGCUUCUUUCAUCGAGUCAUCAUUUAUCCUUAGCCAAAACGGGUCUUCCUGUGUGGAUGCUUGGGUUCGGUGCGGAUCGGUUACGAGCCGAUAUGAACCGAUUACUUGCACUUCUCUUCCACCAGGGAGUGCUUGAUGAGCAAUUCUUGCAGCUACAGCAGCUUCAAGAUGAAAGUUCUCCAAAUUUUGUAUCAGAAGUUGUUAACAUCUACUUCCAUGAGUCAGAGAAGCUGUUGAGAAAUCUUAGAGGAUUACUGAUGGAUAGAGAGUGCUCGGACUACAAGAAAAUGGGAAUCCAUCUGAAUCAAUUUAUGGGAAGUAGUUCAAGUAUUGGUGCCAAAAGAGUCAGAAAUGUAUGUGUAGCUUUUCGCGCCGCUUCUGAGCAGAAUAACCGUGCAGGGUGCUUGAGAGGUUUGGAGCUACUAGAGCAUGAGUACUGCUACCUCAAAAACAAGUUGCACGAGCUGUUUCAACUAGAGCAGCAAAGAGUACUGGCAGCUGGAGUUAGAUACCCAAUGCAGAAUUGAAGGAAACAGCUAUGGCCCAUGAUCAAUUUUCGAGUACAAUCUUCAUCUGGGUUUUUGCUAAAAACCAAGCUAACAUACCACGGCUACUCUACUGCAAUUAGUCUCCUAUUUGCGGAGCAAGAAUGAAAAAAGAAAAAAAAGUUGCUGUAGUCCAGUCGUUAACAAUUUAUUUUUCCUUUUCUCUUUUCCUUUCUUUCGUUUUCUUUUGUUGAGAUUUAUCUGGUUGUAAGUUUGAAUCUAAAAUGAAUGAAUUGUAAGUGAGAUCUACAGUUUCUUA